UGGAGCGGAAGUUAAGGAAGUCGUGUAACAGAUCGGGGGGAUGAAGAGUCGCUGUUUGUUGUAACGGUGAGCCGCUGAAGAGUUCAGGAAGAGUCAAUAAAACCAUCCCGAUAGUACAAACACACGCGCGCGUAUCAGGAUCGUGACACGCUAACGGGCAGCCGGAUCGGAACGCUUUUGCAUUAUGCAUUCGGACUGCAGGCUGCUGGGAUGGACGGGUCGGUAAUGGUGGGCAGAGGGACCAGAGGGGCUGCGGUCUUCAUCCUGAUCGUCUUCAUCCUCCUCCUCAGUGCCAGAAGCUCGCGGGCGCAGAAAGGGGACGGCUGUGGACACACAGUGCUGGGUGUGGGUAGUGGAAGCCUGGCGUCUCUGGGUUACCCUCUGUCCUAUCCAUCGAAUUCCGUGUGUGAGUGGGAGAUCAGCGUGUCCCCCGGACAAACGAUCCGUGUGCACAUCGCAGACCUUGACAUCAAUAAAAACAACUGUCAGGUGUCUUACCUGCGACUGUAUAAAGGCAUCGGACUUGGACGAUCAGAAAUUGUGAAGUUCUGUGGAGAGAGAGAAUGGAGAGACGCUCUAGUGUCGGAGGGACAUCAGAUCACAGUUCAGUUCAUGAGUGGACCCCACAGCAGAGAGCGUGGCCUCUUCCUCUCCUACAGCACCAGCCAGCACACAGAUCUCAUUACCUGCCUGGAGAAAGGAGAGCACUUCACUGAAGCAGAGUUCAGUAAAUUCUGUCCUGCGGGAUGCCUGACUGAUUUCGGAGAGGUUUCGGGAACCAUUCCACACGGAUACAGAGACUCUUCUCCACUUUGCCUGGCCGGAAUUCAUGCGGGUGUGGUCACCAACACUCUGGGGGGGCAGAUCAGUGUAGUCAGCAGUAAAGGCAUUCCACACUACGAAAGCUCACUGGCUAACAAUGUGACAUCUGUGCCUGGAAAUCUCUCCCCCAGCCUUUUUACCUUCAAGACGAGCGGUUGCUAUGGUACUUUGGGAUUAGAGUCGGGGGUGGUCAGUGGCUCUCAGAUCACAGCCUCCUCAGUGUGGGAAUGGGAUGGUCAUGGAAAGGAACCCACCAUCUGGGGCCCAACAGGGGCCCGUCUUAAAACUCGGGGACGUCCUUGGGCAGCAGCCAACAGUGAUAUAAAAGAAUGGAUUCAAGUGGACCUAAAGAAGGAAAAAAGAAUAACAGGUAUUACUACCACUGGCUCCACCCUCUCAGAAUAUCAGUUUUUCGUUUCGGCCUACGAGGUGUUAUAUAGUCAUGAUGGACAGCAGUGGAAUGGCUGUCAGGAAGUGGGAUCGGACAAAAACAAGAUUUUCCAAGGCAACACCAACUAUUUGCAGGAAGUGCGGAACAACUUUAUUCCUCCAAUCGAAGCGCGGUUUAUCAGGAUUAGCCCCUCCCAGUGGCACCAGAGGAUUGCCCUUAAAAUGGAGCUGCUGGGCUGCCAACCGCAUGCGGCGAGGCCAAGAAUAUUCCACCCAGCCCCUCCUCCGCCUCGUGGGAGAAGCACAGUUCCCCCUCUUCAGGAGAGGACGACACGGACGCCCAACGUCCGAAAUACCACCAUGACUCCUCACUCUCACGAUGAGGUGGCUCUGGUGGCAGUGUUGGUGCCGGUACUGGUGGUUGUCCUGAUGACCCCUGUCUUGGUAAUAGUGUGCUCGUGGCUUUGGAAGAACAGAAAAAGCACAGAGGCAACUUAUGACCUUCCGCACUGGGAGCGCACAGUAUGGUGGAAGAGUAUGAAACAGUUGUUGCCUUCUAAGCUGGAUGGAGAUGAAUGUGUACGUUACAGUUCAACAGCACAAGUGGACCACCAGAGACCACGACUGGAGCCUGCAGAAUAUGCCCAUCCACUUGUCAGAGGUACCAUGGCAUCUCUGGGACAAAGGUCAACCUUUAAACCCGAGGAUGGUGAUGACCCAGAGUAUGAUGCGCCUAUUCCCCCAGAACAUUACCAUGCUUACGCUGAGCCCCUCCCUGCAUCUGGGGUUGAAUAUGCUACUCCAAUCAUGAUUGACAGAGCGAACCACCUAUCAGGAGGCACACUGCCAUUCAGAGGGAGCGGACUACUGGCUCGGACAGACAGCAGCCAAUCAGCGAAUUCAGCGUACGACACACCUAAAAGCACGUCUGAUCAAGCCACACCCACAGAAGGACAGAUGUACCAGGUGCCUCAGAAUAUCCACAAUGCACCAUGUCAGAAAACAAACUGACCAAUCACAGAACGGGGUGAAUGGACCGUUAACCCCUUUAGAAACCCUCAUCUGAACACUACCUUAACAAAUGCCGAUCAGUACAUGUGCGUUUGUGCACGCAUGCCACUCGAAGCCUUCUCAAAUCGUAUGCCGUGCAAGUCCUAUCACUGAAAUAACACGCAGGAAUGUCAGGAGAGAACAGCAGAGGUCUUGUUACACUACUGUGUUUUGUAGAUGUUUUUAUGUGUUCCCGUGUCUAAAUGUGUGUGCGAUGUGUGAGUACAUAUAUGUGACUCUGCUAUCAAACUGUGAGUCCUUACAAAUCUGUAUAUUUUUCUGAGAGCUGUUAUGAAUACGUUUCAGCAGCUCAUCGUGAGGCACAUUCUUCCCCUUAGACAGAUAUUUUCAACACAGACUCCCACACACAGAAUAACACACUUUACCAGAUAAGACCGUUACACUGUGGUCAUUUUGCACUUUUUAUUGUGUUUUGACGUAAUCAUGCCACCUAAGCCGCAAAGUAGCACAGUGCUGGUGUUUUUAGGUCUGUUCCAAAACCUUGCUGUCAACUGCCUACUUACGCAACUGCCUUCUCAGGGCACAUCCUGAUUUAAAGGGAUAGUUCAUCUAAAAAUAUAAAUGCUGGUAUUAUUUAUUCACCCUCAUGUCAUUCAAAACCUGUAUAUGAGUCUUUAAUCUGUGGAACACAAAAGAAUAUAUAUUGAGAAAUGACUGGAUUUUGUGUCCAUACAAUGGGGGCCAAUGUUGUUUGGUUACCAGCGUUCUUCAAAAUAUCGUCUUUUGUGUCAGGUUUGGAAUGAUAUAAAGAUGAAAAGAUAAUGAAACAAUUUUAUUUUUGGGUGUUUAUCCCUUUAAAUGUGACCUUAAUAACAUUUGAAAUGCUGUACAGAAUGCAGCAGUGCCACACAAAUAUGACUCCUUUAUGAAAAAUUGAUAGUUUAAAGUUAGCAUGUUGCUAAGCUAGCGAUUCUUUAACACAAAAUGGGGUAUAUGCAUAUGGGGCGAUGACGUACUUCUGCUAAAAUCUCAGCCAGCUAAGCCACUUCCGCUAUCAUUGCGAUGAGGUCAUUUUUCAUCAAGUGAAAACGAUGUGUUUUGUGAGAAAUCUUUCAAAUUUCAGCAAACCGACAACACAACGGCUAAACAUUGCUAUAUGCCUUUUUCAUCAUGCCUCAAGUGCAAAAGUUUAUUUAGCUUUUUUCAUAUUUGUGAUUGUAACUUGAAAUGGAUAGCUUGAAGCGCUUCUCCUUUUUGGUUGUUGAUGUAUGUAUUGUAUUGACGUAGUGUUUGGAUCAUUUGACUCGUGUUGUUGACCGUAAUCCUAUUUGUGUCUUGAUACGACAGAGUGAAAAACGUCAUUUUUCCAAUGGACGCUAAAUGCACCGGAUGUAACACAGCUGGCUGAGAUUUUAGCAGACAUACGUCAUCACUCCGUGUGCAUAUACCCCAUUAGAGCAAACAAAUGAUACAUUUUGGCAAUACUUAAUAGAAAAUAAAAUAGAAUUUGUCUAUACUGUAGUCCCCAUUUCUCAAGCAUCAUCCUCCAUAUUGGAUUGCUUUUUUCACAAAGCUCACCACAAUUCUUUCCGAGGGUGCAUAUUCAGUAAUAUACAAUAGCCUAAAUAUAUAUUUAACUUUUUUGCCAGAGUUAUUAUUUACAUUAAAUUUUGGCCAAAAUAUAUAUUUUUAAACAAUCUUGCAUCUUAAGCCCACCUAUAAUGUCUUAAAACAAUUUCUUGGUAGACAGCUCAUUAGGUUUUGGAACAGACUUUCUUGUGCUUUAGUCAAAAUAGGUUAGGGUAUUGUAUAAUGAAACCUGUGUGAUGGACUGACAAAUAUUUAUUCAGCAUUGAAACCUUCUAAAUAACGGUGCUGCAUUGUCUAUUUCUCUACACAUACACAUUCAUGCCAAGUGUUUCCAAUUCAUGCACGUCAAAGAGCCUCUGCCACAUAAUCCAUUUUUUCCUGCUGAUGUCUCUUGUAUUGAAUACUUCCAAACCACUAACAGGUCGAGGUAAAGCUAUCAACCCGCAUUGCUUUCCAUAGUUACACUGUCUUAAUGGAAGCCUUGCCAAGUGUAACCCUUUGGUGGUCAAAGGCCAAAGAGCAAAAUAUAGUAUGCCAACAUUCUUGCCUAUGUUAAGAUUCACUCCGUGCCAAGUGGUCUUUUAAUAUCUUGUGUUUUUAAAAAGAUUGUUGACUUGAAGACCAAACAACCUUAUGGAUAGUUCAAUCCAAAUAUAUUCUCCUUUUAAUUCAAAUAUCAGACCAAAUGUUGCCUCACGGUAAGGUUGAGGAUGUUGCACAAGAUGUUGCAUGUUCCAAGUCAGAUUUGAGAAUGUACACUGUUUGCCACAAUUCCACAUGAUGUGUCACACAAGUGAUCUUUCGGUACUUGCGUUUACUGUCUUACAACUCUGAAACUCAUAACAUCCACAAUAGUGUCUUAUUAGUGUGUACACAGGCACUAUAGAUGUGUGCUCUGUAUGUUUGAGUGUCAUUGUGAGUUAUAAAGUGUACCAGAUUUGAUGUAUGUGCAUGUUUGCUAAUCAAUUAUGUGUGUAAUGUAUUUCUGUGCACUGUAUCCACAAGCCUGUGUGUGUAUCUUCCUGUCACUGUACAUCUGUCUCUAAAGGAUGACUGGUACUGUAGAUUGUAUAGAAAAAUGAAACAUUGAAUUGAAGUUUUAUUAGAAAAUAAAAUGUAAUUACAAA